AUGAAUUUCUUGUUGUUAAUAUUGUCACUGGCCGUCCUCCUCCCGGCGGCAGUCUCCGGCGGCUGCACUUGCGAGCUGGAGGGAGAACAAGAAAGCGACAAGCGGCGGGACCCUUCUCAAAUACAAAAUUGCCGCUCUCGGAGCCAUCCUUGCCACUGGCGCUGCCGGCGUCUGCCUCCCGGUGGUGGGGAAGAAGGUGUGAUCCUUUCGACGGGGUUCAAGGCAUCCACCGUCUUCCCCACCACCGGCUGCGAGAGCGGCAAUUUUGUAUUUGAGGGUCCCGCUGCUUGCUUGGUCUCCCUCGAGCUCGCAAGUGCGGCGCCGGAGACUGCCUCCAGGAGGAGGACGGACAGUGACAAACAACAAGAAAUUCAUGAUUUGAUUUGA